GCGUUGUCCAUUGUCUUUGCAUGUAUUGUUCCCCCUAGAUGGCUUGAUACGAAGUGAUGCUUAGACGAACGUCGUCGCCCGUUCAUGUAUUCUAAACCCCCCAACAGCUCGCUGUGAAUGCACUGCUCUGUGCAUUCAUGCGCUCAUUAUGGAAAAGAAACACACGCACACAGAGAGCAGAGACGCUUUCCCAUGGAAAAACAGAUGACCAGAGGGUGUCUGUUACAUGCAAGUGGACUGGUCGCAGCACAAUACUCGUGAAACAUGAGAAACGAAGACAUGGAUGGAAGUUGUCGAUUUCUAGCGAAUGGGCGUUGAGAACACACUUUCCUCUGAGAGCGGUUCAUCGUCGCAUUCGUACUGUCCUCGCGCAGCACACGUCCACAAAAGCACACAAUGCAGACACAUGACACUGCGUCCGACAAAAUGUGUACACCGCCCUUAUCGAGAGCCCAGCCUCCUCACUGCACAAACAAGGAAGAAACCGCGGGCAGGCACCCGUCACCAAACAUGACCUUUACAUGAGCGUUAGCAUGCAAGCGAAUGAAAAACACACGAGUACAUACGAGUACUCCCCGCCCUCACCCCUAGAUCGGCUUUGCCUGAAACGCAGUUCCAUCGACAGAGGGACGCACGAACUGCGGCUAAAACACACCCCCGCCAUUCCCAUUUUCCAUCCGUGUUGAUGAAUUGUACAGACGCUCGCUGUUGAUACACUGACGCUCGCUGUUGAUACACUGGGCUGUGCAUACAUAUCAUUGAGCACUUGUGCUUGAUUCAAUGGUCUAUAUCAAUACAGGCUGCAGAUUGUUCUCGUCAACUGCAGUGCCGUGGAAGUUGUAAUCCUCGUCUCGGGACGGAGGCGUCGGCUGCUGUGCCUUCUUCUUCUUCUUCGUCUUGCUCGUCGUGUUGGUCGUUGCAGACGGUGUCUGCGGCUGUGUCGAUGGCGACUCGCUUCGCAGUGGAAUUGGUGGCUCUUCUGCCCGAAGGACGUCGGCCGACGAGUCUGGCUCAACCGCGUCAGACCAGCCGAAGCGACUCCCCAGGCGACUCGCCAGAAGCCUGCGCACGUCUCGAGCGAUCAACGACAGCAACUGAGGCUCAUCUGUGUGUGCACAUUCAAGAGCGAAGCUAUGUCUGUUCCACUCUGUUACAUGUCUUGUUGACCUGCUUUGCUGCUGUCGGCACCCUCCUGCAGCCAGCCCUCGUGGCCCGCCGCCUUCAGGUACCUAAGAGAGCGGCCCGUAGAUGCAUUCAGGUCGAUGCAUGGCUCUGUUGAUCUCUAGUAUUGACGCACCAUAUGAGGUCGAUGCGCUCCUGCCAAUCAUCAAUACCUGCGCACACAUGCGCACAGGACAGCGCACAAUACGGUGAGAAGUGUUCGGUUCAGGCACAGGGAAGUGCUCAAGUUGAUGUGAUACCUCUGAAGUUCAUUGACGUGCCCUCCGAGGUGCCCUCCAACGUGAACCACCGCGGGUUCCGCCUGAAUCGCGAAUCAGAUUGGGUUGUGAACAAUGGGGUCUCUGGUUGGUUCCUACAAGUAGCGCAUGAGAUUGAUGUCGGUCCAGAGCAGCCCAGAUUCUCGCAUGGUCUUGGAUGGCCCCAGCACUGCUCUACGAUCGUUGCCCGCUGUUCUACCGUAGACACCGUACAGCGACGGUCCUGCAACAGGGGAAUGCAGAGGCGCGUGCAAUGAUACCAUGAUAUAUAUGCCUACCUAUUUUCCCCCGUCCGGCCGAGACGCGGCCGUCUUUCCUGAUGGUGUGGCACUGCGCACACUUGAGUUUCUGCGACAGCAGCGACAGCAGGCACAAGAGAUGGGAAAACAAGGUAACGCCCAGAGUGACAAUACAGCAGCCUAUCAUCACUGUCUGCUUACGAAUAUGAGCGCCCCUCUCGCAAUGUCUGCUUGCUCAACAGGUGGCAGUAUGAAGUCGUCGGGCACAUCAUCGUCAUCGAACGGCUUGAAACGCAUAGGGCGUUCCGUGAAGGCUCUUUGUGCUUGGUAUCUCGCUUGACCACUGUGUAUACGUGUUGACCUUGCCGUUUCACCGUCUGCAAAUAGCCUUCUGCUUUCUGUCCCGCCUGAACUACUUAUACUGGACAAGAUCGCGUGGGCGGCCGCCUUCGGCGGCCGUGCGUUCGCAGGAGUCUCGUUGUUCAAUUAGUGCCGUGGGUUGCCGCGGGGGAGGCGUGGUUACACACGGUUCGUCCCG